AUGGUCGUGAAGCUCAAGUUCCGUUGUACCAAUAACAUAGUUGAAUACGAGGCGUGCAUUCUAGGUCUCAGGAUGGCAUUGGAUAUGGACAUCAAUGAAUUGAUGGUCAUUGGAGAUUUUGACCUACUAAUUCAUCAAGUACAAGGCGAACGGGCCACCAAAAAUGAAAAGAUCUUGCCAUAUGCGAACUUGGCACAAAGACCGUGCAAGAAAUUCAGAAAGAUUGAGUUCCAACAUAUUCCAAGAGUUGAGAAUGAGUUUGCCAAUGCAAUAGCGUCAAUGAUCCAAAAUCUUGAAAGCAGUCACAUCGACCCACUGAGGAUAAGCUUGAAAGAAGAGCAUGCCCAUUGUUUCCACGUAGAAGCAGAGCCGGAUGGCAAGCCGUGGUACAGUGACAUCAAAAUAUACUUAGAGAAAUGGGAAUACCCCGAAGGAGUCAAGAGUGGACAAAAGAAGACCAUCAGAAGAAUAACAAAUGAUUUCUUCCUGAACAAAGAAGUGCUGUACAAAACAAACGCCAGACUUGGGUCUGCUUAG